AGCAUGGAGGGAUCCCAUGUGUCACACGAGAUACCGAGACACCGCAUACAAACGCUGUCGCGAGCAGUUUUAAUAAUGUGGUCGGUUAUUGAAAAAAUGAAGAAUACAAUUCCAAUAAGAAUACGGGAUCAGUAAGAAUUCUUCCGCCAUUUGCAUCCAUCUAGAUGUACCGAAUGACCAUGGAAUCUCUUCUCGAUGAUCUGAAGAUUCAGGACAAGCAAAUAUUUGAAGAUUUGAUGGUUUACAGAUCACAUGAUGUACACCGUUUGCUGAAGAGAUUGGAUCUUAUCCACAAAAUCCUGCAGGAUGCUGAUCAGAAGGGUCAUUUGAAACAAGUUGUACCGACUGCCACCAACCAGUUCCUCCAAACAGUUCUACAGUGCUACUACAGAUGCAUUGAAUCUAUAAAGCUUGCCAGAUCUGUGGAAAAGUUGUUACAACCUUGGAGAUUAACACACAAAGACUAUAUCCAAGACAAGUUGUCAGCUUUUGUGUCCUCAAUUACCUCUAAGGAAAAUCCAGAUUUAACGAGUUUAACAACAGUGUCCAACUUACUGGAGCAUAAUUUGGUGGUGAGAAAUGUUGUGGAGGAGAAGCUUGUCCCAUUUCUGGUUUGGAUUGAAGGAUGUUUAGAAACAUUGAAGAGAAAGACACCAUCAGACCUCUCUACAAAUGAGGCUGGGAAUCUGUAUACCCUGGUCAAGAUUGUGCUGCAGCUGUUUCAGUCCUGUCCUUUGGGGAGGACCAUUACAGAGACUCCUGAAGGCUUUAGUCCUCAGAAAGAGGCUGUGGAAUCAUUAUUGACGGUUGUGUACAGCAUUCUAGAUACUGAUGGAUAUGCCACAGACUGUGUUUUGUUGGCGGGCACAACAUUUUCCUACGUGUUGUCCACGGCCUCCUCACCAGCAGUCACUGUGUCAGCUUUCUGGUCAACAUUCAUGUCUCUCCAUAAUCCAGAUAUACAGUUUUCCACAGAAAGUCUGAGGGGUUCCAGACAUACAUCUUCUGAUCAGAUAAAUGCCUCCUACAGGAAAUCACUCGGUGCUAUAUGUUUGGUCAAAGGCAUUGUGGCAUGUAGUUCUACUGAACUAUUGUGUUACCAUGGAAACAACCAAUCAAAUACAUUCAUCACUGACCUUUUCCCAGUGAUAGUUGGAUACUGCUGUGGACCAAUCAAUUUACACUUUCAUUCCUUUAGUUUAUUGCUGUCAUGGUAUAAAAAAUGUUCCAUAUGUUUGACAAAAAAUGACAAUUUUCAUGUAGAAUGUAUUGAGAGAAGUGACAUUUUCUCACAGACUUUGAACUUAGUGUAUUUGAAUUGGGACAGCCCUGUAGAAGAUGUGGCUGAGAUAGUAGGAGAGAUAUUCAGGAUGAUGUUGGAAUGCUGGAAUACCAUAACAACCAAGAACAAAACAAGUCCGAACAAUAUUGACAAUGACUUGUCAGGAAAAGCUUUGUCCAAAUUAGAAACUACACCUUGGUAUGUGAAGGGGAAGUACAGGAUUCUAGCUGUCCUUUUGUCUUAUGUGGACCAGGACAAGAUUCUUACACGAUGUCCUGAGAUCAGGCAGCAUCUCCAACAGUGUAUGUCUACAAACUACCUAGCUCCAUGUGGAGCAGAUGUCUACAAAGCCUUCCUCCUACAGAUCAGGAAAAAGAAUAACAGAGACACUGUUGAUGUGUGGAGCAAUACCUGGCUGAAUACUGUGAUACAGAGUCUCACAAGUAACAAUAUAUUACUACGAAGUAACACAAACCACUACUGGGUGCAGUCAACACUGAAGGUGCUGCCAUCUGUUGGAGAUUUCCUCCAGGAACACUUGUCAGGUGUGUUGUACGCGGAGGAUUCUAGUCUUCCACGGCAACAGGUUCUGCAUGCCUGGGUGGUGGUGUCAAAGGUCACGAGAAAUAACACAGGCAAAGAAGCUGAGGACUCUGCCUUGUUGAGAGAAGCUCUGUACAGUAGUUCUGAGGAGACUCGAGCCGAGGCCAUCAGUCUGAUCUGCAGCUCCCUACGGAAAGCUGAAUCACUGUCAGAGAGAGACUGCAAACUUUUGAUGGAAAUCCUGCCUCACAACCUCAAGAUUGACUCUGCCCCAUUCAGACAACACCUAGGAGCCAGCAUGAAGAAACUACUUUCCAGGAUACGAGACAGCUGUUUGGCAGAAUUAAGAGUUGGAAAAGACAUUUCGUUAGGUCUGACCUUUGUUGAGUGGCUUCAGAGUCUCUGUGUAGACAGUCUGAUGUCAGGGGCUUGUUACCAGCGACGGAAGACUUGUCUUGACCUUCUAACCAUUCUGUACGACACAUUGGUAUAUCAGACCGACUCCAAGCAGAGGAAAUCCUUCACACCAGAAUCAACCUUGACACUGGUUAGCCAUGCCAGGGAUGAGGGUGUGUGGGAUUUCUUCUCCACAUCCAACACGGUCUGUCUCCUCCACUGUCUAUGUGAUGGAGCUGAUGAGAUCCAGGAGAUGUGUGCCAGCCUGCUGAUGAAGUAUUUUCAAUGGCCGUUGUCAUCUUCAUGGAUUGGUAUGACACAGGAGGACUUAGCCUGCCAUCUGCUGACACAUGCUCUCAAUUGUUGUAACAGUCCAAAGGCCUCAGAAAGUCAGAGUGGGGCAUUACUGACAAAGAUCAUCUUCACUAAGUAUGUGGUUGAACAUGGAUGGACCUUUGAUAUGACUCUCACCAAGGAUGGAGCCUGUUGUUCUGUUCUGCCAUUAAACACUCCAGAAAAAGACAAUGCAGUUGUCAUAUUUCUCAGAACACUCAUCUCCUUUAUUGUUAAAACUAUGGAAACCUCUAAGACCAAUGUGGUUUUGGCCUCCAAGACUUCACCCGUUCAUGGGUUUGUUGCUGCCAGUACAAGAUGUAUAACUGAGACCCCAGACCUUCUGUACAAGCACUCCAGUGACUUGGAUACAGUUGCCAAGGAGAUGAUCUCUUUGGAUAUAGUCGUGAUUGACACUAUGUUGAAGGUGAUGGCUAGAGACAGUGAGAUGGAGAUGUGUCCAUCCUUUGCCGAGAUCGGAUCAGCCCUAGAGAGUUGGAUUGCGGAGAGUGAAGACUCGUAUACAGAGACAACAUCUUUGUCAGCCGAGUACCAGUACCUCCUCUCCUGGUGCUGGAUCAACCUCAAGGAGAGUUGUAAAAGCUUGGGGCAUCUCACAGAUGUGUUGGAUCAGAAGGAUGAAAAAGUUGUUGAAACCGUACACAGAAUUAGUCAGGUGUUCUCAAACAUUCUCACCAACUGUCGACACAAGGGGGUUAUAGAGGGAUGUCGCUCAGCUUUUUCUCGCUAUUGUUUCUCAUUAUUUACAUCCAGUAAUAGGGAGCUGAAUCAGAUGCCUGAGCUCAUCCUGAAAGAGUCUUUGUCCACCCUGGUUACCAAGGCGACAUCUACAUCCACGACCAGAAUGUCUGCCGGACUUCCCAUUAUCAUACAGACCAUUGUCAGUUGUGAGAGGAAAUACAAAAAGACCAAGCUGUUACAGACUGCUCUAGACUCUCUCUUCCACAUCACAAGUCUACCAUUGGCUGCAGAGCUGGACGAUAAGUUUGAUCUGCCUCAAGUUCAUGGCCUCAACAUCCUCAACUCCUUAUACAGUGACUCCAGUCUGACGGCUUCCCUCACACCAUACAUAGAGGGUGCGGUGAAAUUGGUAGUGGACAGCUUUGGUUCACCAGCCUGGGCCAUACGAAAUGCUGCCACCCGACUUUUCAGUUCUUUGGUGACAAAGAUGUUUGGUCCUAGAAAGAGUUUGGAGGAAGGUGCGUGUAACACGCUGUCCUUCCAGGAGUUUGCCUCCCAUUACCCAGAGUUACCCCCCUUUAUGCUGCGAGAGUUGGACAAGGCCUUGCUGACAGACAUUAGUGCUGUAGACAAGCUCCAUCCCUCACUUUUCCCAGUGCUAACAUUACUGUCACACUUGGGGCCCACAGUCCAACAGCAGCAAAGCCAAAUCACCGAGUUCCAGGGUCGGAUCCAGUUCUUGUUAGCCAGUCCUGUAUACUACUUACGUCAACUGACAGCAAGUGCUUUUGUUGCUAUGGUACCUGUAAAUUCUGUGAGGGACACUCUGAUUGGUUUACUAAAGGACAUUCCAGAGAAUUUGUGUCCAAGUCACAUGUGUAACAGGCUACAUGGAACUCUUCUGUGUUUGGAGAAAAUUCUAGUCAUACAUAACAUCAGUGAAGCUGAUGCAUCAGAAGUGAUGGGAUUAUUAAAGACGAGGGCGUGGAUAGGCUGCGACCCAGCAGUGUGCCCACUCAUCAAACACACUUUCCUGACUGUACUCAGUAGACUUAUACAGAUAUUUCCCGGGACAGUCAGAUCUGCUGGCCAGCAUUUGGUGAUGCUGAUACAGAAGUGUGCUACCAGUCAGUAUCAUAGAAGGGUAAAUCUAGGCCAUGGAGUGCUGACUAAGAACCUGGUACAAUGUAUACUGACCAGUGAGGACUGGGAGACAGGGAACAGGUUACUACACGACCUACUCCACAGCUCUGAUAUGGAUGCUAAGCUGGCUUGUGUAUCCACACUUGAAUGUGUGCUGGAGUCGGGAACAUGGCAGGCCUCAUGCUGGACCACCAUUCAGGGGAUGAUCAUGGACGUGCUGCAGAGAGAGACCUACCCUGUCCUUCUCACCAACUGUCUGUCUCUGUUGUUCAGUAUACACAAUACUCAUGGGACAGACCCUGACACCGCUGACCAGCUGUACCAAUACUGCUGUGACAAUGGCAAAGGGGGACAAGGAAGUGUGAAGGCAGCCGUAUUGGCAGUGACAGCAAUCGGAAUUAAAAACUGUAUAGAUACAUCAAGACCCCCGUCACCUGAUGUCAUGUUUCGGUGGUGUGACCAGGUGUUGAACGCAAGCAGGAUGAUCGGGGAUGAACAUUUCAGAUUGGCUGCAGCACAAGCCAUGGUUACUGCUGGACAUGCCAUUAUGACUACAUCAUGGUCACCAGAGGACGUGUCCCACCAAAACUGUGUUGUCAAACUUUUUCAGGCUAUGUCUAACCUUGUCCAGGACGAUGAUACAGAGGUUCGUGUAUUGGCCAUGAAGUUUAUACCACACCUGUGUUACAAAGGCAGGUCAAUACAGUAUGGUGCUGUACAGUGUAACACAGGAUACCAGCUGUUGUUUGAGUACCUACACACAUCUUACUGGUGGUCUGAGGCUGUGGUGUCCACUCUUGUCCAGAUGUUGUACCAACCCAAGGACGUCCGUACAUGUAUUACAAACAAACUUACUGCAUGUAAUCAGCAACUGUUUGAGCAGGAAGAUGAUACAUUCUGUAUAGAAAGUAUAUUCACUAGACUCCAAGUUUACAAGUCAUUAAAGUUUGUUGUGAGUAUGUGUGAAGACAGACAGUCCAACUCCAGUGUACAAUGUCUGAGUGAGCCAGGACAAGCCCUCUCUAAUGACCUGAAAUUUGUGGAAGAUUUCAUCAACAAACAUGUAGAUGGUAAGCCUGUGUUCAGUCUGGGUAUGGAUACUGCAGUAUUGUCAGCUAUUGCUGGGUGUGUGCUAUUUGGUUUGGUGCUGGUUGAGGCCAGAUUUUCUCCAGAGGAUUCCGUCUGUUUACAGCUACAAAAUAUUCUCUCAAAUCCAAAUCUGCCACCAUCAUUGAGGCGUGCCAUUGAUGGAAUAAAUAAACAGGAUGGAAACUUUCUGGAUUGUGAUAGAGUGCAAUAGUAUGGUGGAUUCAGCUUAGAAUUCUGAAAGGUUCCUGUGGCUAUAACAGCACAAUGGACGAUACAGGUGACUACUGGAAAAACAAGGGUGGAUCAUGUACUGUCAGACUUUCUCUGUCAAACAACUUGUUUUACAAACAAAAGUGGUAUUUGGAAUCCUUUGUUACUGUUUCACCAAAAGUGUACAUCAGUUGACUACAGUCAUGAAAAAACAUGGUCCAGUGUUGACUACAGUCGAGAGAAAAGCAUGGUCCCGUGUUGACUACAGUCAAGAGAAAAGCAUGGUCCAGGGUCCAGUGUUGACUACAGUCAAGAGAAAAGCAUGGUCCAGUGUUGACUACAGUCGAGAUGAAAACGUGGUCCAUUUUUGACUGCAGUCGAGAUGAAAACGUGGUCAAGUGUUGACUACAGUCGAGAUGAAAUGCAUAAUCUAGUGUCGAGAGGAAAGUGUGUUACUGGACACAUGGCCUUUGAUAAUAUAUUGGUUGAAGCUCAACAACAGGUUUAAUACCUCAAAACCUCACAAACUGCAAUAAAACCUGUCCAGGAUUUUCAGAUAAUCAUCAAAACAGUAAAAGAUUGGUAGUAUAACUGUAACUGUGAUAUAUGUGUUUGGCUGUGGAAUAAAUAGAACAUAUUUAA